ACCGCCGACUAUCGAAGUGACACCUUCGAGCUUUCCUUCGAUAGUAAAUUUUCGCGCGCGUUCGAUAGAUAUUCUUUUUGUUGACGAGUCGAAAAAGAAGAAGAAGAAGAAGAAUAAGAAGAGGAGGAGGAGGAGGAGGAAGAGAAGUAGGAGGAGUCGGAGGUUUAUUAUUAUCCUAGAGUGGAUCGAAAAUCGAUCGAAGAAAUUGAUCGGGAAAGCUCUCUCCCUCUCCAUCUCUCUUUCUCUCUGUCUAUCUCUCUCUCUCUGUCUCUCUCACUCUCACUCUCACUCGCUCUCUCACUCUCUCUUUCUCUCUCUUUCACUCUCACUCUCUUUGUUUCGCUUUAAAGGGGAAAAAAAAAGAAAAAAAGCUCGUCACCUUCUGCGUCGUGUUAAUGAACGACCGAUAGAAUGGUCAGACGAUCGUUUCAUCGCGAGUGUUCGAUAUACACACAGUGCGUUACAAAGUAAAAGCUCAUAAGGGUUCAGUGCAACGUCGAUUGAAAAAAGAAGAGAGAGGAGGGGAGGGAGAGAGAGAGAGAGAGAGAGAGAAUUAUCGAAGGUGUCGUGAAGUGUCAAACGUGAAAAGAAUUCCUUUUUUUUUGCCUCUCUCUCUCUUUCUCUUUUUCUCCCUUUCUUUCUCUUUCUCUCACUCUCACUUUUUCUCUCUUUCUCUCUUUCCAUCUUUCUCUUUUUUUCAAAAGAACAAUGCGUCUAUAUCGAAACGAUAGUUGGAUGACUUGUCAUUGUCACGCGAGGAGACUCUCUUCUUCUAUUUUCGGAUAAAACGUUCCUAUUUUGUGUAAUCUAAAAGUGACAAAAUAAUACUACAUCGAAGAAUAAGAAGAAAAUAUGUACUUUGUAUUCAUAUGAGACGCUUACUGUGAUUACUUUCAUUUGUUAAAAAAAAAAGAGAAAAAUAAAGAAGAAGAAAAAAAGACGAAGACGAGGACGAAAACGCAGAAAAAGAAGAAGAAGAAGAAGAAGAAGAAGAAGAAGAAGGGGAAGAAGAUAGUAAUAAACCGGUGGUGAGAAAAUAAAGAAGAGAAAAAAAGAAGAACAAGAAGAAAGGAAGAAUCAUGGCUGUGCCGAGGAUCAGCUGGAGGAUUCUCUUCACGCUACUCGGAGUUCUAGGUAAGAGAUAUCUCACACGGAUACGAGAAACUAACGAGCAUCUGUUACAUAAAACCAAUUAUUACACUGGACGAACGGAUUCUUCUUUCGCUCUCUUUGCCAUUUGUUAAAACUGCUCUGACUCAGGGCCGAGUCGAGGAGACGCAGAUGGACACGCACGAGGGCUCGACGGUACAGUUGCAGUGCCGAUUCGAGCCGCCUAAGGAGAACGUAACGUGCUUCUGGUUGACCCAUACGAACAACAAUCAUGACAACGCGGCGAUCGAGAAUCGUUCGUUAUCGCCGAAUUACAACGUCUUUAUGAACCUCGAGGAAGGCCGUUACGAUCUACAAAUAAGAAAUGUUUCGUACGAAAGGGACAAUGGGAAAUACGAGUGUCGAGUCAAAGUGAGUAGUACGGGUAUGGAUAUCCAUAGGAAGUAUAUCACUUUGACGGUUCUAAGAGCACCGGGACCGCCGACGAUAUCUCCAACCUCGGCACCCGCCACCGAGGGCCAACGAUUGGAGCUCCAGUGUAACACGAACGGCGGUAGUCCCGAACCCGAAGUGAGAUGGUACCGCGGUAACAACACGACUCUCCUUCACUCCGGUAGGACGCUAUUGGUCGAGCCAACGAAGGAGGACGAUCGUGCUAUAUUUCGAUGCGUAGUAAGAAAUCGUGCUAUGAGAGAAGGGGAGACAUUGAACGCCACAGUUACGCUGGAUGUUAAUUACUUCCCUCGCGUUACGGUAGGCCCGGGAAAUCCAUUGAAAGUCGAGGUGAACGGUACCGCGACAUUGGAGUGCCACGUGGAUUCGAAACCAGUAGUUGGUAUGGUACGUUGGUGGCGCGACGGUAGCUUCAUCGCAACGACGUUUCAACACAUCGUACAAAAGGUAACGUUGCAAGAUGCCGGCAAGUACACUUGCCAGGCCGACAACGGUCUAGGGAAGAAAGGCGAGAGUUCUUUGUUGCUCGAUGUUCUUUAUCCGCCGACCGUGUCUAUCGAAGGCGAGAGCGUUAGAAUCGCUCAGGUGGAGGACACCGUGACGGUACACUGUAACGUAUCGGCCAAUCCAGCCCCGUCCAUAAUCGAGUGGCUCCGCGAAGGUCGUCCGGAGUUCAGGCAAUCCGGUUCGAUAUUGAGAUUAACUCGAGUCACGGCCGAUCACGCUGGAAAUUACACUUGUCGUGCGGUUAAUACCAUUCAUCCGACCGGUGGUGAACGAAGGAAUCAUUCGGCCAAAGCACACGUCACCGUUCGAAUUAGACACAAGCCCGGACCGGCAAGAGUAACUCCGGACUCGCCCGUAGCCGUCGAAGGUUCCAGAGUUAUUCUCACCUGCAUGGCCAGCCCAGCCGGUUAUCCCGAACCCCAGUACAAAUGGUGGAAGGAGGGUGACGGCGAAAACAUUCCUGUCAGAACCGAAAAUUCUGGGCCUAAGUAUGAAAUCGAUUCCGUACAUUUGGGAAGCGAAGGUACAUACAAAUGUUACGCCAUGAACGAGAUCGGAAAUGGCGAAGCUGCGUCCGUUAAUCUCACAGUUCAUCAACCUCCGAAGAUACUCACCAAAUUACAACCUCACGUCACGAGAAAAGUCGGAGAAUCUUCUUUUCAAGUGUCGUGCGUGGCGCAGGGAAAGCCAAGGCCUAGCGUGCGUUGGUUGAAGGACGACCAAGAGUUAACAGCCGACGAAAGAUUGUACAAAGUGAUAACGACCGCUUCGGAAGGUCAUGGUAACGUGAUAACCGUGAACUCUACAUUGAGUUUUUUGGGUCAUGCUCGUCCGCAGACGGACGAGAUCAUAGCGAGCGACAGAGGAAAGUACACGUGCGUUUUCGUGAACGAAGUAAAGAAGGUCGAGUCGACGAUGAUGUUGAAGGUCGAACACGAGCCGAUAAUUCUACAUCAGCACGGAAAGGUUGCAUACAAUUUACGCGAAACCGCCGAAGUUGCGUGUAAAGUUCAGGCCUGGCCAAAGCCGGAAUUUCAAUGGAGUUUUGGCAAUAACGCGGCGACGUUACAAGGAUCGUCGAGCGAUGGCCAUUACGAGAUAUCUACUAGCAGCGACAAUUACGACGUCUAUACCUCGGUUUUAAGAAUGACGAAUAUAAAACAAUCGGAUUACGGUGAUUAUACUUGUCGGGCAGCGAACGCCCAAGGUAGCAUUACUUCGACGAUCAGAUUGCAACCUAAGGGUGCACCUGAAAGGCCGAUCAACAUCACGGCUAUGGAUAUCGGUCCGACUCACGUCGCGUUACUUUGGGAAUUAGGUUUCGACGGUGGUCUGCCAAUAACGAAAUAUUUCGUUUCUUAUCGGAGAGUAGCCGGAGGUGACGAAGUGAUAACUCCUGAUUGCACACCGCCUAGAGGACCGGCCGGACAGUGGCUCGAAAUAGAUUGCAGGAGAUCGAAUCCUUGCAACGUUACGAAUCUCGAGCAACAUCAAACCUAUACCUUUAAAGUCAAGGUCUACAACACGAAGAAUCAUUCGGACUACUCGGACGAGGUGGUCGCCACUACGGCGGUAGCGAAGAUACCUACGCCGCUUCGCGUCAGCUAUGACCCUGAGACCGGAACCCUGGCUAUAAACAUCGGUGCGACUUGUCUAGCUUUGGUAGCUUCGAUCGAGAAAUUCGACGGAACGGACAAUUCGUGGAGAAUCGUCGAGGAGUGGCCUUUGGAAGUAUCGGGAAACGCGCCUACGCAGAGAGAGGGUAUCCUGGACGAUCCGGAAUCUUCGGAUUCGGAGCCGCGUCUCAGAGUCAGGGUAUGCCUGAAGGCCGAUCGACAAAAGUGCGGGGAAUAUGCCGAAGCUGAAAUCGGCCCGUCUUAUAUAGCGCAAGCUGGUGCUCUUGCCACGCCGACGCUGAUCGCUCUGGUAGUCAGCGGCGCGGUCUUCUUGCUUUUCGCCGCUCUCUUGCUUUUGUUCUGCCGAUGCAGACGAAAGCACGCUGCCAAGGCCAAGGAUUACGAAAUGGACACCAACGCAGUCCGACCUAGCCUAGUGGCUGGAAAUGGUCAACAAACUCAAGCGCCACCGCCUUAUUACGCCGAGAACAAAGCCCUUGAACAUAGUUUGGAUCAUGCCCUAGCUAUGGAGGAUUCCAAGAGUCCCGCUUACGCUCAACCUGGAUACGGUUAUCAUCAACCUAAUCAUAACAUCAACGGUGAGAACGGUGUCAAUAUGGGUUACAUGGACAAUAGCUAUUCAAAUUCAAACAACGGCGGCUCGGUGAAUUCGCAAGAUUCUAUCUGGCAGAUGAAGUCGGCGGCAGCAAACGGCGUCAACCAACCAUAUGAUUUGGGUGGAUACGCCACCACCGAGUCCGAUUAUCCGGCGCACCCACAUUACAGGGAGAGCCAUAAUCUUAGUCGGCAACAAUUUUGCCCGGAGCCAUUCGCUACGGUUGUCAAGUCCCAGAAACACGUUGAUUCGCCCUACGAUGUAUCUGGUCUACCGUAUCAAGAGAAUUACGACGAGGACACAAAGCCGCCGCAGCAAGUGAGCCUGUCCUACGACGAGAGUUUAGAAUCCGGUUACUCGACUCCCAACAGCCGUGGCCGUAGAAUUAUCAGAGAAAUAAUCGUCUGA